AUGAAGAGGCCCUCUCACUCCAGCCUCUACGGCGCAGAUGCCGAGCGAUCGCCUUCCAAGCGAAGAAGUCCGCCCUCGGACGAGUCCGACUCGUCCUCCCCCUCGCCCGUCACGCCACUCAAGCCGCUGCGCUCCAGCCUCUCCAAGAAGGCGCCGCCACCAGGCAGCAUGGCGGCCAUCACCUCGAUGAGCUCCUCCUCCACCAGCUAUCAGGGCAUGUACCUCAGCUUCGUCAUCAACGCGCUCUCCGAAAAGGAAAAGGGCAACACCGGCCCGUACAUCGAACUGCUCGUGCAGUUCGCCGAGCCGUCCACCGGCCGAUCGGGCGCCUCGGUCUCGUCGCUGCGCUCGCUGCUCGCCGCGCUCUCGCACGUGGUGUCGGACCUGGACCGCUCGCACACCAAGCUCGUCGAGAGCAUCUUUGCGCUGCCGUGGACGUCGAUGGACGAGGCGUUUGCGCAGAUGUGGAUCAAGUUCGUCUGCAGCCUCGUGAGCGCGCGCAGCGAGUGGCUGUCCGUCAUCCUCACCAAGGCGACCAAGGCGCUCUCGUACCGCCUCGAGUGGCUGCCGUACCAGUUUGCCGACGAGUCCGGCAAGCGGUCCGCCUCGACGCUCAAGCGCAAGCAAGUGUACGAGCGCGUGCACGUGCUCAUCCGCUCGCUGCUCAGCGUCGUUCCCACGCUCCCCGGCGUGCUGGGUCCGCUGCUGGUGCAGUUCAUGCCGCACAAGAUGGUGCAUCGCUCCGACCAGCUGGUGUACGUGCGCAACAUUCUGCACGUCAGCGAGUACUGCGCCGAACUGUCCGAGGCGAUCCUCGGUGCGGUCGUGGACCGCGCCAUCCAGCUCGACGUCGAGAUCCAGGUGGAGCUCGACGAGUUCGACGACGACGAGGCCGAGGAGCUCGGUCUCGACUUUGAGGACCCCUUUGAGCAGGCGCUCGACGACAUCGAGGACGGCGAGAGCUCCGACGACGACGACGAUGAUAGCGACGACGGCGACUUUGCCGACAACCUCUCUGACCUUUCCGACGAGAACUACGAUCAGGGCAUCGCCACCGAGGAGCAGAAGCGCACGCAGGAGGAUCUGCAGCGCUCCAUGCGGCGCAUCCGCGAGUCGGUGGCCAAGCUCGACGCGAUCAUGAUCGCGCUCUUUGAGCAUCUGCGCAAGCUGGAUGCGCAGUACGUCGCUGGCGCCAACAGCCUCAGCUUCCUCGCUACCAGCGCGAGCCCCAUGGACGCCGACACGAACCGGCGCAACCUGUUCCACACGAUGCUCUCGAUCUUUGCGCGCAACAUCCUGCCGACGUUCCGCUCGCGCCACGUGCAGUUCCUGCUGUUCUGGUUCAACUCGCUCGACGCCGAGUUCUCCGACUAUUUCCUUGGCGUGCUGCUCGAGAAGAGUCUGUACAGCCGGCGCGUGGCGCUGAGCGACAAGGAGGAGCCGGCGGUGAUCCGGUCGGCGGCGGCGGGGUAUGUGGCGAGCUUUGUGAGUCGUGCGUCGUACGUGGAUGGCGCCACGACACGCGUGGUGCUGUACAACCUGUGCGCGUUCAUGGAUGCGCACAUCGACGAGAGCAGCCGAAGCGAUACCGAGGCGGGUGCGGCGCCGCCGGGGGCGAGUGCGCAUGCCGUGUUCUACUCGGUGGUGCAGGCGGCGUUCUACAUCUUCUGCUUCCGCUGGCGCGACCUCAAGAUCAGCCACGACGAGCACGAGGGCGGUGUGGGCGAUAUGGACUACCAGGACGCCGACGAGAUCGGCGGUGGGAUGCACAGCAGUGUGGGCAGUCUGGCGCAGCUGGGUGCCGAGUCGUGGUGCGAUGGACUGACGUCGCUGCAGCGCGCGGUCACGUCGCGCCUGAACCCGCUCAAGUACUGCUCGGCGAACGUGGUGAAGCAGUUUGCGCGCAUCGCACAGCACACGGGCUUUCUGUACUGCUACUCGAUCAUCGAGGCGAACCACCGAUCGGUUCGUAGCAACCGCAGCAAUCCGGUAUCGCGAUCGACGUCGCUCAACCGGCUGCAGCUGGAAUCGUCGGGGUCGGCGACACCGAUGAGCCAGGACGGCAGCGAGCGCGGCACGCCACGGCCCGAGGGGGCGUCUUCGCCGCAGAAGGAGGCGAAGCGACCGGCGGCGAGCGUGACGACAGCGUCGGUGCUCGAGUCGUUCUUCCCCUUUGACCCGUACAAGCUCGAGUCGUCGGCGUCGUUCAUCGAGCCGCUGUACCGCGAGUGGGCGGACGUGGCGCCGGACGAGGACGGCGCCGACUCGUCCGAGGAGGAAGACGAUGAUGAGGCCGACGAUGUGCGUCGCAACGAGCGCGGUGGGGGUGUAGAAAUCCCUGGAUCGCGUGCACGCGCUGGCAAUGACGAGGAGGAUGACGAUGCCAACAGCUCGUCGUUCGUCUCACAGGUCGAGGCCAUGAGCAUCAGUCCGUACCUCGCGUCGUAG